AUGUACUACUACUGUUCUAUUUUCACGAUGUUGAUUCUAGCUUGGCCCUCUGAACAGGGCCCCAUUUUGAUUACAUGUAAUUACCGCCCUUUGGCGGGUCGAACCGUGCACGUUUUUGGCACCAUACCAUUCCAUACCGUUAUUUAUUCUCCGUUUGCGUUUUUUCUGCAAUUCGCCUCGGCCUUCGUUGAUCUAGCUUCCUUUCCACUUCCCCCCAACUCACCAUGCCCUGGAUCGUCACCGUCUAUCGCCUGGGCUCAAUGCCUCGUGGCUAGCACUACCUAUCUUGCGGCGCCCCGUGCUUUCCCGGGACCAGCGAUCGACAGUACCGCAUACAUGUACGUGCAGUGA